AUGAGGAUCAGGAUGAUUUCGGCUGCCUCCGUCCUGGUCCUGCUGUUUCUCCCGUCGGAGAAGGGCUCCCCGCUGGAGCCAGAAGCGGGGCCCCCCUCUCUCCACACACCGCUCGGUCCCUGCGAGGCCGGGGGCGCGGAGAGCCCCCCGGAGCUGCGAAGGAAGGAGCGAUCGCCCUACUCCUCCAGGCGGAAAGACGGCAGACCCAAUUCCCUCGACCUGACCUUCCACCUCCUGCGGGAGUUCCUGGAGAUGUCCCGGGAGGAGAGACUGGCCCAGAAAGCCCUGAGCAAUAAACUGCUGCUCCAGAACAUCGGGAAGUGA